UUUGGAUCUAAACCGACCCCAUUAAAUUUGUCAAACUACAAUUGGAAAGAGUUAUUCAAACUAAGAAGCUCUAAUCAAGUACAGUUAUAUACAUGGGGAUCGUCGCAAUUGGGAAGGCUAGGUUACUUGUUAAGUGAGGCGCCGUCUGAAAAUAUAACUAACUCUGGCAUUCUGAAAAAUGUACAUACUCCAACGAAUUUGGUGACAUUCAAUGGAAUUAUAGUUAGUGAUAUUAGCGCAGGAGGGUUUAGCUUUCAAAUACUCACUAAUGAGGGAGACUUAUAUUUUACGGGUGUUGACUGGAAAAAAGGGGAGAGGUCUACUCUGACUCCGGGCCCUUUUAAAGCUUUUGAUUAUAAGCCUACAGCUGCAUCAAUCCCUCACGUUGAGAGUCUUGGAUCUAGAAGAUCAUUGAAUGGUAUGUUGAUGCCCUUUAUGGGAAGAAGAUAUGAUAGAAAUAUUGAAGUACCUACAUCAAAUCCAUCUUCUGACAGACAAAGUAAUUCAAAUUUAACUAAACCACCUGAGCAAUUAGAUUUAAGCCUUCCAAGCCAGACUGGAUCUACAGUCAAGCAUCAAAAAAAAGUAAAAGAAACAAACCUUGUCACGAAGCUAUUAUUGCCUGAUAACCCUGAAUUUCCUGACAGAUAUAUCAUUUCGAUAUCAAGUGGAAGAGAGCAUAUUAUUGCUAUCGAUAACUAUCAAAAUAUUAUUUCUUGGGAUACUGGAAAUACUAGUAAUGUUGGAGUUCAUAUAAAUUUUGAAGGAUUAAAAUAUAACUCAAUAAAUAAAAUUUCUGCUGGUUGGAACUUGCUGGCGUGUUAUAUCAAUCACAUUGGUAUAGUUGUUUGGUAUUCUAGGUCUUCUGUUACUAAAGAGUCGUUUGAGGAUAAUACCAUGUGUUCAAACGCAAACUAUCUAAUUAUCCCCAAUACUGGUAACUGUAAAAUUGAUGAUUUUCAUGCAGGCUGUGAUUUUAUAUUGUACAUAAAGGAUGGACUGUUAAUGAGAUUCAAUUUACAUACGUACGGAUAUGCUUCGGGGUCUACUGAUAUAAAUUUGGUGGAAGAUCCGUUUCCAGUAUUGGGAUUUGACCAAUGGUUGAACAAUUAUAAUAUAGACAAUAAUGGUAAAGCAUCCUUCACGAAAAUAACCGGUUGCUACAAUAACUUUUCGGUUUUUACCAAUGACGGAAUGGUAUUAUUGGGAAAAAAAGUCUCAACUGAAGAGGAAUCGGAAGAACCCCCAAUUAUUAUACCUCAGUUACAAAAAAAUCAUAUAAUACAUGUGGUAAUGGGAGACUACCACUACAUGGCCUUAACAGAUGAAGGUGAUUUAUACAGCUGGGGUACUGAGUCAAGCAGAUGUGGUUGCUUAGGUUUAGGUGCAAAAGAUCAAUUUAUCAGUCAAAACUCAAGUAAUAGCGUAGUCACAGAUUUAGGUCCCGGAAAAGGCAUGUUAGUUCAUAAUCCAUCGUUGGUCAAAUCACCAUCAGCGAAUGGAAAAUGGCUAGCUAUCACUGCAUCUGGCUGGAAUUCAGGAGGUAUAUUUAUCCCGAAGUAG